UAAAGCUCAGUCCACUCGACAUAGCAUAUACACAAACAAUUUUAUGCUGUUGUUUCUAACGAACAUUUUAGAAUUAUUUUGUUGUUUUUAAACGUGUGCGUUAAUGGUCAGGAUUUUCAUGCAUAUAGGCUCUCAUUUUAAAUUUCUUUAUGCGACAUAUAUAUUUUGCAACCCUUUAACGCAAUAAUUGAAUAUAUGCAAUAAAUAUGCUGAUUUAGCCAGUUAAAUUUUAAGCAUGCAGCAUUGAUGUGAAAUUUAGCAUCGUGUAAAGCUCAUUUGUGUGUAAAGACCGCUUGUAUAACACAAAGAAAUAAUAUAGUGGAACAUAUGGACAUAAUUCCGACGAUAGCACGAUAAGAAUAUUUCUUAGUUGCUAGACGUUGUUGAAUAAGUCAUAGACAACGGUGGCGCCAACAAUACAGACUUGGUGAGGAGACAUCACACAGUAAACAACCUGGAUGCAGCCUAACCAUGUAGUUGUUGAUGUUUUAUUAUAACUAUUGAGACGAACUCCAUGUGCCAACCAAACAGAAAGAUUUUUCUGUGAUGUCACUGUUUUGUGGGGUGUAACACAUGAUGGCAAUUUCAGGGAUUUGUGCCCUGGGUAAGAGACGACUCUUGGCGAGCUCAACUGUUGCCAUGGUGACAAACGAUAUUAAUGAUGACGCACAAGGUCCGAGGAAUUACAGGGAUAGUGGCAGUUCGCGUCUAGUGUUUUUAGAGAGGUUUCGCUGUUAUACGUAUUAUAGAAAAACAAUUGAGAAAGGAGGGAAACUGUUUGCUUCCAAUUAGGAAAGCAAGGUCUUUAAUUGGCACUAAUUGUUCUGUAGGCUGUUCUUUUAGUUAAUUGCAUGCUUCUUAACUUAUGCUGCGUGAACCUUCUUAGCAGGGAAGUUGUUUGCGUUAAGUGUUCAGUCGGCAAACGUAGGAGCGUGUACUGUAAAGGUAAUACGUCUUACGUAAAGAACUGCUAGCAAGAGUCCGCCCGGCGAUAGAUAACACAGGAUCGUACCUUGCAUACUUUCUCCCGUAACUGACAGUAACAUAUUCCGAUUGUUUCCGAUGAUAUUUCGUCCGUUAUUUCUGUGGAACACUAACAUAAUGAAACUUCAUAUUAACAGUUUUCAAUGACAAGUAAGCGCUCUCUAUAGAAGGUUAUAAUCCAGAUCACAUGGAGGAUCAUUCAUUAUGGUUUAUUGUAUCAGACAUUUGCACGUGAAAAAAAACAGAAAUGGCAGCCAUUCGUGAAAGAAAUCCCAUUAUGCCUUGCUUUUGUGGCAGUACAGCAACUAUUAGCAUGUACAGCAAUCAAGACACUGAAGCUGAUGAUCCUAUGAGAAUCUCGUGGCAAGUAAUAGGAGGUAAUACCAACAACAACUGUUUGGUGUGGGAAGAGGAGCGGCCCUAUGUUUCUGGCAUAGCUGUGAAAGCUGGGACCUUGGAUGCUUUGAUAGACCUUCUAGUCAGCUCCUUUUUACCAGUAGGUGGCCUAGAAGAAGAAAACAAUGAUUUUCCACAUGUUUUCCUUUUAAUGCAUCAGUGGUUUGUUUCAUCCAAGGAACUUGCAAAACGUCUCACUGACUUAUUCUGGAAGGCUGAACAGUUGUAUGGGUGCAGGCCUCCAUGCCCUCACACUUUGGAGUAUGUUAAUAGAUGUAGGGUAUAUCAAUUUCGCACAAGAGUUUGCCAGGCUUUUAGGUUUUGGAUACGGUCAUUUCCAAUUCAUUUUGAUCUAAACAAUGAAGUUACCUUACUGUUGCUGGACUUUCAGCAGUCCAUACGAGACAGAGGUUACAGUGCCUUGGGAGAUUUAGUGGAUGUCUCCAAAGUUCCGUCUUACCACUGGGCAAGAAGUGUGUCUGUAAGAAAUCCUUCAGGCAAGCACACCAAGAAAAAAGUGUCAUUAGUAUUUGAUCAUCUUGAACCUGCUGAGUUAGCAGAUCAUUUGACAUGUUUAGAACACAAAAUGAUGAGCAGGAUAACAUUUAUGGACAUCAAGACUUCAGCAGUGAAGGGAACUCUGCAGGAUAACCCUAAACUAGAAAGAGCCAUAUCUUUGUGUAACGAUAUCUCCAAGUGGAUUCAGUGCAUGGUCUUAAGCAAGUCUUUGCCACAGCAGCGUGCUGAUGUGAUUGUAAAGUUUGUAGCUGUUGCCAAGAGACUUUUCGAAUCCAAGAACUUCAAUACAUUGAUGGCAGUGGUUGGAGGUCUUAACCACAGUGCAUUAGCUAGGUUAUCUCGAACCAAAGCAUGUGUACCUCCUGACUCCAAAAAAAUGUUAUCAGAGUUUACUGAGCUGCUGUCUUCUGCUCCCAAUUUUACAAAUUAUCGCCGUGCACUGAAUGAUUGUAAAGGUUCUUUCCGCAUACCUAUUCUUGCAGUUCAUAUGAAAGAUCUAAUAUCCCUUAAUGUGGCCUUGCCGGAUACUGACAAAGAAGGUUUGAUCAAUUUCCGCAAAAUGGCACAACUGUCACUAAUUUUCAAGGAACUGUGGGAAUUGCAAAAUUCUAGACUUCCAUUCAAUGUUAACAUGGACCUACUCAAUACACUGAGGCUUUCUUUGGAUGUAACCUGUACAGAAGAUGAAAUUUAUGAACUGUCACUCACCAGAGAGCCUCGUAAUCCAUCUUCACCUCAGUCUUCACCUACGAAGCCAGGGGUAUUUGCAGAGUGGCUUGCUGGAGUGGAUUCUUCACCAGACCCAGAAACUAUGACCAAACACAUUCAUUCUAUUGUAAAGGCCAUUUUUGGAACAUAUGACAUUGAUCAAGACAGCGCUAUCUCCCAAGAAGAAUUUGAGGCAAUACAGACCAACUUUCCUUUUAUAGACUCUUUCAGUGUUAUAGACACAGAUCAGGAUGGAUUCAUCAGUAAGACUGAAAUGAAAGAAUAUUUUCUUGGAGCUAAUUCUCAAGCCCUGAAAAAAAUUUUCAGACACGACUUCCAUGAAACAUCUUAUUUCAAACCAACAUUUUGUGCUCAUUGCACAGGCCUGCUUUGGGGUCUCUUCAAGCAAGGGUACCAAUGUCGGCACUGUGAAGUGAAUGCUCAUAAACACUGUAAGGACUUGGUGGUGGUGGAAUGUCGACGUAGUAUCAGCACUUCAUCUCGCUUGAAUUCUUUCUCUGCAGCAGAUACAGUUAGUGGUAAAAGUCGAUUUCAGCGUCCUUGGCGUAGACAUAAUAAAAGCAGUCAUUCAGAUGGCAGUACCAGUCCUAGUCUUCGGUUAAGUAGUGGAGAUAGUCCAGAAUUAUGUAAAUGUGAAAAUGGGUAUAUAUUUGUCACUUCUCCACUGACCACAGACUUUUCUGAAACUGAUGACUGUGAAAUAUUUACUGAAGUUCCUUCCAAGAAUAACUCAGGUAAUCGAAAUUUGUCUUGUGCUUGUAUGGAUGAAAGUACAAGUCUUGAUUCACCACCACAAACAAUUAAAGAACCAGUUAGCCUUAAUUCUCAACAAAAAGAUGAAGUACCAAUGAAGCCCAAAGAACCAGAGACUGUUGUUUCAGCACUUGAAAAUUCUAAAGAAUCUGACUCUUUGAAUAUUGAAGUUAGUCCUACCUCACCACAGGUGACCAAAACACCAGUAAGUCCUCACUCAUCUUCAGAGAGCUCUUUCUCAUCACCAUCAAUGACUAGAGCAUUAGGAAGUCCUUGCUCACCUCAGGUGACCAAACUAUCAGAAAGCUCUUUUACAUCAUCAAUGACUGAAGAACUAGAAAGCCCUUGUUCCCCCCAAGUGUCCAAAGCAUCAGAGAGCUCUUUCUCACCACCAGUAACCAAAGCAUCAGAAAGUCUCUGCUCACCACAAGUAAACAAAGCAUCAGAUAGUAAUUUUUCUUUACUAGUGAUUAAAGGACAAGGAAGCCAUAACUUAUCUCAAGUGACCAAAUCAUCAGAUAGCUGUUUCUCAUCAGCAGAUACUAAAGGAUUAGAAAGUUCAGGCUCAUCUAAAGUGAGCAGAAUAUCAGAAAAUUUGUUCUCACCACAGUUGGCCAAAGCACCAGAAAAUCUAUAUUCACCUCAGAUAACCAAAAGUCCAGGAAGUCUGUGCUCACUUCAAGUAAACAAAGCAUUUGAACAAAUUCAGACCAAAACAUCAGAAAAUAUGUACUUACCUCAAGUGACCAAAGCACUAUUUGGUUCAUUCUCAUCAUCAUUGAUGACCAAAGCACAAGAAAGCCCAAUCUCAACUCAAGCGACCAAAGCAUCAAUGUGUCUUCUCUCACCACCAGUGACCAAAGCACCAGAAAAUACAUACUCACCUUCAGUGACCAAAACAUCAAUGAGUUCCCUCUCACCUGCAGUUGCCAAAGUACCAGAAAACCUAUUCUCUUCAGAGAUGACUAAAAAUCCAGUAAGAUCUUGCUCACCACAAGUGAUCAAAGCACCAGUGAAUUCUUUCUCAUCACCAUUCUCUAAAAUGUCUGGAAAUCCAUGUUCUCCUUACUUAACCAAACAACCAGUGAGUCCAUGUUUACCCUCAUUGAGCAAAUUGCAAGAAGGUUAUUGUUCAGAGCCAAAAAGCACUAGCAGUUUUUCAUAUUCAAAAGGGGAACUAAAGUACAAGUGAAUACUUGUCUGCCAAUGGAAGUAAUUGAAGUAUCUGAACUUGAAAAAGAACAGGUAUCAUUACUUAAGAAGGAUAAAAGAUGUACAUGUAGGCCAACUUAUAUAAAUUCCUGAAACAGAAACUUGUUUUGUUCAAAUUCUUUCCUGAAGCACAUAAAGAUGUGUUUUUUGUUGUUUAACACUAAAAAAAUUCAACUUUUUCGGUCCUUUUUGCAGAUGUUAUGAAUUGUGUGGAUAUUUUCACAAUAUAAAAUGAUGCUGUUUUUCAGACAUUGAUGACAUGGAUCCAUUUAUAUUGUUAGAAUUUUCCUUUAUUUUGAACUUUGAUGUUUGUGUAUAGGAGAUCCAUAAAAGUAUUCCUUAAAUGUGUUUUUUAAUUUCCAACAUUAUAUCAUUAAAUUGGAUGUUAAGUGUUAAAAACUGUAAUUUGAAAAUGUGUUAUCCAUUUUGGCCAUCUUCAAAAAUUGCUCUGUGUGGAGAACCCCAAACAUAUAAUGUUGCCUAUUACUUCUCUAUCGUGUACAACACUACAAGUAUGAGACUUAACAAAAACCAGGUUUUUUUUAAAGAAUGCUGCAGAAGGUGUACAUCUUAGUUGAUAGAGAUUGAUGAAACUGUAAUGCACAGAGUUAAGUUUCUCGUGACUGGUACAUCUCAACAUGCAGUUAUUGUGAUAAAUAAGUACUUAUUUGAAUAGCUUGUUGUCACUAAGUGUUUGAUAAAGUCAAUUUAGAUUAAUGUUUAAUAAAGUCAAUUUGUAUUAAUAUUUUCAUUACUAUACAAAUAACACAUAACAGUGAAACAAAAUUAAACAAGCAGAAUUGAUUUACAGAAUGUCUUUAACUUUCACGUAAUACAAGUAAUGGAACAGAGUAAUAUUUUUGAUGUGUAACUUAUGUGCUAUGCACAGUCAUCUGAAAAAAAAUUUAGGGAUUAAAUUGAGUAGUUUUGUAUCCAUAAAUAAUGAUUCUAAGGUAGUAUACUUCAGAUAAAAAAUAUGAAACUGCAAGUUGAAAUAAAAUAUUUUAGUCAAAAAUAAAUUGGUAUGUUUGAGAAGGAACUCAUACCAUUUUAAAACUUUGCCAUCUCAGUGUGAGAGAUGAUUAUUAUUUUACAGAAAAGCUGAUACUGACAUGUUUUGCCAGAAAUAGAUGAAGUUUAGACUUAAAAUGACACUAUCUUAGAAUUAUAAUAAUCAUAGUGAAAAAGGCUCAUAAUGUAUGCUUUCAGGAGGUAGACUGUCUUCAAAAGAUGUUUUUUUACAUUUCACCUUUGAUGUAAAAAAAAAGAUAUACUCUCUGAAAGUGCUCACUAAAGCAUAAUAUUAAAUGUUACCAAUAAUAUAUUAACAUUAGAUUUAGUACUCAGCAUAUACAAGAAUGAAAUGGUUGUUUUAAAAAAAUGAAAUGUGUGAAUAGUUCUUGAUUGUAUGAUGUAUAUCUUCAGCCAUUUCAUCAGUGAAAUAAUCUGUAAGGUUUUCUUAUGAUAGCAGUUUGGUAUUUGUCAUCAACUAAAGCAUAAGUGACCUAGUAGAUUUCUUUUAAAUUUAACAACAAAUUUUAGAUGUUCUUACAUAGUACCUGUUAGUAUGCUGAACUGAAAGUACCUGAAAUUUGAUUGUGUGUUACAAAAUUAGCCAUGUAAUAUAUAGAUCAAUCAGGUAAAAUAUGAAAGGAAUGAUUAAACAAUAUUGUAUUAGUUUUUUUAUGAGCAUUUCUAGUGUCUUAUAAAAUAUUGAAGGAGAAGUAUGUGUUAUAUUGACCACAAGUUACAUACGUUGUCAAUACAAAGAGCAGUUUGAUGUAUUUUAUAUAUAUUUCUGAUUUCCAUACACAUUUUCAUUUAAUACUCCAAAUUAGAAUUGCUUUUUCUUUUAUUUUCAAUGGCCAUGAAGUGCUUAUCAUAUACAUUGUAAACUGUCUUUUCAGUUUAAAACUGUAUUAAAGGAUACAUUAGUGUUUUGUGUACUGAUAGUACUAAAUACUAUGAAACAAUGGUUGACUGUUAAUAAAACUAUGUGUGUUAAAUGAAUUAUUAUAUGUUAAAAUAUUUCUGUAAUUUUCAUUAUCACUAGAAUUGUUUAAAGGAAGUGGUACAACAUUGAUGAAAAUAUUGUUCAUUUGAAGCAUGAUGGGAUAUUUUUGAGAUGCUUGAUCCCUUGCCAUUUCAUGCAUGUGUUGUGCAUCAUGACCAUUAUGGAUGUAAGCAUCGGUAUUGGAAAAUGGAGAGUAUUGAUAAAACUCUUAAGUUGUUCAGUCAUUUCUUUAGCUGCCUGUGUUUGUAAUGUGAAUAACAAGAGAUCAUAUAAUAUAUCAAAUCAACCUCAAAUAUAAUCAGAAAGAAAAACCUAUUUUGUGUGUUUGUGAAUGGCUUUUCUUAGAUAUCUCAAGUCACAUGGCCACUUUGUGUAUAGUGUAAGUUUAUGCCGAUAAAAUGUUUAUCAAAUCUA